UUUAUGAAUAGCCGGAGCUGAUUUACGAAUAGUCGCGCCCGCUACUGAGCUCUUCGCGUGCCGAGUGUAUGGAGUCGAAUUAAACCCAUUUAAACCUCCAAACCCCUCAGGGAAUGCCACUCGAAGGAUUGAGCGACCUUAUGUGAACUGAGAGCUGCGUGUACAGAGCGGACCCAGUAGACAUUCCGCCUCCGCUUCAGGAGUAUAGAGCUGAAGACGCGUCGACGACACGAUGGAUUCCAGGCGGUCACUGUACUGACUACAAAAGCGAGAGCAAUAGCUUAGGCAUCGGCGACUAACAAACGGUUCAAACUUCUGUCAAACAUGGGCGUCUUCAAUAUCACAGUCUACACAGACACUAUUUGCCCGUGGUGCUACAUCGGACACAAAUCCCUCGAUCGAGCCAUCGAGCUAUACCGAAAGACCUAUCCUGGUGGCAGCAAUAAAGAAUUCGUGUUUGAAUACCUCCCGUACUACCUCAACCCAGACGCUCCGGCCGAGGGCAUACCCUGGGAGGAAAGAGUCGCAGACAAAAAUGGCGAGGAGAGAGUCAAUGCCAUUCGGACACGGCUGCAACGUGUGGGUCGACAGAAUGUGAUACAGUUCAAGUUCAACAAUCGCGUUGGCAAUACUCGUGAUUCCCAUCGGCUUCUGCAGCAGGUCCGACGCACGAAAGGCCUCGGUGCGCAGAAAGCAUUGCUCGAGCAAAUCUAUUCUGCUCAUAUGGAGCAUGAUGCUGAUAUCACUUCGCACAACGACAUGGCCAAGGCUGCCGUUUCUGCUGGCCUAGACAAGGAUGAGGUUUUGGCGUUCCUAAAAUCUGGAGAGCUGACGGAAGAGGUAGAUGCAAUGGCGGCUCGUUCGAGACAGAAUGGUGUCACUUCCGUGCCUACCUUCGACUUCAAUGGCAGAAGGGUCGACGUGGAAGGUGCAGCAGAUACUUCUGAGUUCUUUGAGGCUUUGGUCGCGGCUUCUUGAGAUUGCACAGAGGAACAUUACUGGCAUGACUGAUGGCAAAUUACAUUUUCAGCUGCUC